AUGUCCUCCUUUCUCGUUGCCAAAGUCAAAAACGUCUUGAGUCCAGACACUGUGGUACUUAUCCCACCCAAAACCACCCAAUGUCCUGCUCCUGAACGUUUGCUCACCCUUUCCUACGUGCGUGGUGGAGACGAUUUCGAAUCUAAGGAGUUUGUCAGAAAUUUAUUGAUUGGCAAAGACGUCAAAUUUAAGGUAUUAUACAAAGCUACCAAUCGUGAAUUUGGAGAUAUCCAAUCGCCAAUUUUCAAAUCCUUAAUUGAAUAUUUAUUAAAAAAUGGUGUUGUCAAAUUAAAGGAAAACUUUAGUGAAAGUGAAGGUGAUAUUUAUUACGAAUUGAGUGAAGCAGAAAAUCAAGCAAAAUUGAACCAAGUGGGUGUAUGGGGCAAACAACAAGAAAAAAUCGAUUUGGUUGCUCUUGAUGAAAAAAUCAUUGCCAAAUCACAAAAAUAUCCUUUGAAGUUAGUUGUUGAAAAAGUUAUCAGUGGUGAUAGAAUCGUUGGUCGUAUUAUCGUCAACAAAAACCAACAUGUCUCCACUUCAUUGUUAUUAGCCGGGGUUAAAUCUCCAAGAACUGAUGAUCCUCAACAACCAGCAAACGUCACCAAGGUAGGCCAUCAAGCUAAGCAAUUUGUUGAAGAAAAAUUAUUAACCACCAAGGCAGAAUUGAAAGUUUCGAUUAUCGGUGAAAGUCAAAAUGGUAUUCCAAUUGCCACAGUCAUCCAUCCAUCAGGUAACAACAUUCAUGAAAAAUUAUUAGAAGCCGGUUUAGGUGAAGUUGUCGAUUGGCAAUCUACCUUGAUUGGAUCUUCCACCAUGGUCACCUUGAGAAGAGCAGAACAAACUGCAAGAGCUCUCGGUAAGGGUCUUUUCGCCAAUGCCCAUACUACUUCAGCCAAGCCUGCUAUUUCCGCCAGUAAAUCGCUUAAACCAGGUGCUACUUUAGAAGGUGUCACCGUGGCUAAAGUCGUCGGUGCUGAUACUUUGGUUCUUCGUUUACCACAUUCCGAAGAAGAAGUUACUGUUCAAUUGGCUUCAAUCAGAGCUCCAAGACUCAAUGAUACUACUGUCACUACCGAUUCGCAAAAGCAACAUGCUUUGGUACUUACUGCGAAGGAAUUUGUUAGACAUCAAGUUAUUGGUAAGACCGGUACCGUCUAUAUCGACGGCUAUCGUAAUGAAAACAAGGAUUUGGGAUUAGAAGCUAGGUUCUUGAUUAGUUUCAAGUAUGGAAAUACCGAUCUUUCUGAAUUGUUAGUCACUAAUGGUUUCGCCACUGUUAUUAAACACAACAAAGCCACUCAACAUGAACGUUCGUUAAACUGGGACAAAUUAAUUGAAUUGGAAGAAGAAGCCAAGAAAUCCAGCAAGAAAGGUAUCUAUGGAGACUUGAACAAGGUGUUGACUGUGAGUCCAAGAAUCAUUGAUGCUUCAGAAAACUUCACCAAAGCCAAGACUUUCUUCAAUGGAUUCAAACAAAAGGGAAGAAUCAGCGGAUAUCAUGUUGAGUUUGUGUCUUCCAUCAACAGAGUCCGUUUGUUCCAUCCUCGUGAAGGCCUCAAGCUCACUUUAAUCCUUGGUGGAUUAUCCAAUGAUAAAUCAGAAGCAUUGGGCGAAGAAGGGUUGAAAUUGUUGAAUAAACGUUUCUUGCAACGUCCAGUUGAGUUUGAAAUUUAUGACACCGACAAGUUAGGUGGGUUCAUUGGUAACUUGUAUGCAAAUGCAAACAGUUUGGCUCCUAUUCAAGUGUCUUUAUUAGAACAAGGUCUUAUCAAGGUCCAUGAUUUCGCCGUUAAUGCCAACCCAUUAGCUUCCAAGUUACUUCAAGCUGAAGAAGGUGCUAAAUCCGCCAAGAAGGGUAUCUGGGCCGGCUAUGAUCCUGCCAAGGUUGAACAUGAGUUGCAAGCAUCCAAUGAAAAAUUACAGCAAUUGAACCUUGAUGCUUCCAAACCACAAUUUUUCGAUAUUGAAGUUGUUGAUGUUGAUUCUACUGGUGUGAUCUCAUUCCAAUUGUUAGAUGCCACUACUAAGCAAAAGUUUACCCAAUUCAAGAAUUCAUUCAGUCAAUUCCACGCCCAGCCUGCUAGUGCAUCUACCAAUUCUCCUGAUUUACCUUACAAUUUAACCAGAGGACCAAAGAAGAAUGAAUUGGUCAGUGCCAAGUUCAGCGAAGAUAACAAGUAUUAUCGUGCUCGUGUUAUUAAUUUCGAUAAACCUUCAAAUAAAUAUGAAGUUAAGCAUUUGGAUUAUGGUAAUGUCGACAAGGUUCCAUUAAGCGCUUUAAGAGCCUUGCCUGCUAAAUUCAACUUGACUACCAUCCCAGCAUUUGCUCGUACCACUACAUUACAAAACUUAAGAUUACCACCAUCUGAUUAUUUAACUGAUGCAAUCUAUGCUUUGGAAGAUUUGGUAUUUGACAAGAAAUUGGUUAUUAGUGCCUUACCAGGUACUGCUGCCGAAUAUGAAGGAAUCUUGUACGAUUCAGAACAAUCACUCAAGGAUUCUUCAUACACUAUCAACAAACAGUUGGUUAAUAAAGGGUGGGCCAUUGUCGAUACUAAAAUGGUCAAACCUGCUGUUAAAAGUUAUGUUGAUGAAUUAAUCCCCGUGCAAAAUGAAGCCAAGGCUAGACAUUUAGGAUGUUGGGAAUUUGGUGACGUUUCUUUUGAUGAUGAAGAGGCUAUUUAG